AUGUCGGAUAAUGACUUCCGACAGGCAGCAAGAACAACCAAACACGGUUUCAUCAAAGUGCUCGAUACGAUUUUUGACAAUGAAGUUUUUCAUCGUGGGGGGCAUAGACCUCAGCUACCAAUUCCUCAUCAACUUGCUCUUACGCUUGAACGACUUGGUUCGAAUGGCAACGGUGCCUCUGUAGGCCGGUUCUCUCGAAAUCUGCAAGUUGCUCGAGGUACUGUAGUAAAGGUAACCCGUCGAGUCAUCGAGGCUCUCAUAUCAAUGGGACGGGUGUACGUCCAAUGGCCUGAUAAGGAUCGCCGUGCCGAGAUAUCGGAAGUUAUGCGAAUGGAGGGGUUUUCUGGAUGUGUUGGGUUUGUUGACGGUACUACUAUCCCAAUCUUCCAACGCCCAGGAUUUGAUGGCGAGACGUUUUUCGAUCGCAAGAAACGAUACUCUAUGAAUGCUCAGAUUGUGUGUGAUUGUGAUAGGUUCAUCACAUCUUUCAUCUCUGGAUGGCCAGGAUCAUGUGGUGAUAGUAAGGUCUACCAGCGGAUGCAGCUCCAUCAGAACCCAUCACAAUUCUUUGAUCAGGGUCAGUAUCUGCUCGCUGAUUCAGCGUAUGAUCUUACAAGAACUACCAUUCCUGCAUAUAAAGCACCUGCGACAGAGGUCCUCAUCAAUACCGAUUUCAACUACUGUCUGGCCAAGGCUCGAGUGAGAAACGAACAUACAAUUGGUAUCCUCAAGUCUCGAUGGGCUUCUUUGCGGGAGAUGCGAUUGCAUCUGUAUAAUCGGGGUCAUAUGAGGCAAUAUCUUGCCUGGUUUUAUAGCUGUAUCAUCCUCCAUAACCUUUUAGCAACACUUGGUGAUCAAUGGACCGAGUUGGCACCUGAAGACCAAAACCUUGACCCUUCAGCUGAAUCCAGCGAUGAUGAUCAGAUUCCUGCUGCUACCGACGAAACUUUCCGCUCUCAAUUAACCCAUGAAUGUGUUUCAUUUAACUAUGAAUUAGGAGUUUUACCUUUUUAG